CAGGUCCACCUUGUUGCCUGGUUACAUGACAACCGUCCAUCUUGCCUACUGCCCCGUGCGCCCCACGAGGGCUCUACUCGGCCCCGGCAGCCCCUGGGACGCUUCUGCCACUCGCCGGUGUAGGACAGGCUGAGCGGCCCGGGAGCGCGCAGGCGUGGUAGCUCCGGCCGCGCUUCCGGGACGGCGCCGUGGGACUCUUUUGGCGCCGGCACCGGCGCGAGCGGGGACGGCGGCUCGGAGGGCGCGGCCCAGCGCUCCGCGUUCUGGGUCCCAGCGGCGCCAUGCGCUAUAACGAGAAGGAGCUGCAGGCGCUGUCCCGGCAGCCGGCCGAGAUGGCAGCCGAGCUGGGCAUGCGGGGCCCCAAGAAGGGCAGCGUGGUGAAACGGCGGCUGGUGAAGCUGGUGGUCAACUUCCUCUUCUACUUCCGGACGGACGAGGCGGAGCCCGUCGGAGCCCUGCUGCUGGAGCACUGCAGAGUCACUCAGGAAGAGCCCAGCGGCUUCUCCAUCAGCUUCCUAGAGGACCCAGAGAGGAAGUAUCACUUUGAGUGCUGCAGUGAGGAGCAAUGUCAGGAGUGGAUGACUGCUCUGCGUCGAGCCAGUUACGAGUUCAUGCGGAGGAGCCUCAUCUUCUACAGGAACGAGAUCCAGAAGAUGACUGGCAAGGAUCCCCUGGAGCAGUUCGGCAUAUCGGAGGAGGCCAGGUUCCAGCUGAGUGGCCUGAAGGCAUGAGUCUUGGUGUGGGGCUCCUCAGCUUUCCUGCUGGGGGCUGGAUGAACCCUCCCUGGGUCCCGGGUUUCCUGGCCAAGCCUGGAUUUGCCGUGGGAGGUGUCUUGGUUUAAAGAUUUUAAAAGCCCCAGGGCCCACAGGGGCUGCCUUUUUGAAGAAACAACCCAGCAAGCCCCUUCUGGAUGCACUGGGACCCACUGGACUGGUUUGGCACCUCAGUGCCACAUGCUGCUGCCAGGGGACAGUUGUCCCCUCCCAGGAGCUGUGCCCGGCCCCUUGGGUGCGUCCAUCCAGGCCUGGCAGGUGCCUGAGGCUGAUGCAACUCUCCUGCCCCGUGCAGGCUGAAUGUACAACAUUAGGUGAUGCUGUGAAGGGCGUGGGCCCAUGCUGGGGCCGCUGUGAAUUCUCCUGCUGAAGGGGCAGGCCCCGGCCGGACGCCUCUGGGCAGAGCUGGAAGGUGCGCCUUUGAGGUGGCCAGUUUGUUCUGUUCAAAUAAAGGUACCUCUUUUUCACACGG